GCUCCCUCUCCCAGUCUUCCUCGUUCAGCACAGUAGUCACAGCCUGUACAUCAUGCAGCUGGUGGCCAGCCUGGUGUCCGUUCUGCUGCUGGUAUGGAGCGUGAGAGCCACUGCCCUGCCCGGAGAAGAGAGACUCGCGAUGCAGAACCCUAGGGAACAGAGCACAGUCCGGAAAGACGCCAUCCUGAAGAUGCUGGCGGGCCUGCUGGACGGCGUGGACGUGGGGCGUGAGGUGGCCUCCCCGGACGUAGAAGAGGAGGGCAAGCUGGAGGAGGAGCGGGUGGUGCUGGGGCGGCUCGCCCAGCUAUCGCAGCGGGACCGCAAGGCCCCCUGCAAAAACUUCUUCUGGAAAACCUUCACCUCCUGCUAGUGCCGCCC